ACACACGGCAUCGUAGUUGUAUCAUCAACAUGGACAGCUCGAGCACAUCUGAGGCAGGACCCUCUCAGUCCUCAACGAGCUUUGAGAGAUGGCGAAGUGCCUUUGCCGCCAUUGCUGGUCCAUCCUCGACCCCCGAAUCAGAAGAGGACAGGAUGAGAUUACAAGAUGAGAAGGAUUACAACAAGUGCGAAAAGUGGAAGAUGGAUCUAAUGCGCAAGAGCCCGAUGAUCACGUUUAUGUUGAAGCAAUUGGACCUCGCUGGCUGCUCCUUCUCACCAAGUAACAUUCAAUGUUACGCUUGUCCACCGACGACAUCUGGUGGUUUCUCUUCGGAGCUUGGUAUUCUAUUGUGUCAGAAUCAGCUGUUUGGCAAAAAGCAUCUGGAAGAUACGCUGGCGCAUGAGAUGAUCCAUGCUUUCGAUCACUGUCGGUUCAAGAUGGAUCCAGAGAAUUUGAGGCAUCACGCAUGCACAGAGAUCCGAGCGGCUAGCUUGUCUGGAGAGUGUAACUGGGCAAGAGAAUUCUUCUAUAGGGGGCAUUAUUGGAAUAGGGCGACAGUGGGAAAGCAUCACCAGGAAUGCGUCAAGAGGAGAGCGGCGACAUCUGUCUCAUCUAAUCCUGCUUGUCCUUCUCGUGCAGAAGCAGACAAGGCCGUCAAUGAGGUAUUCGAGAGCUGUUUCAAGGAUACACGACCAUUUGACGAGAUAUACUAGCGUGUCACCUUACACUCAUUCAUCUCAGAUAUUUGACAGACUGCAAGCCGCUUGUCAUCUCCUGCAUCACAAAGUCACCUAUCAUAUACAUGUACC